AACAAAAAAAAAACAAAAAGAAAACUCUCCUCUUUACAAGUUUGGUCAUGAAUGUUUUACCGAGUUGUAGCAAACUUCAGUGAGGUUUUAACAUCAACAAGGUCGUCUCAUGCCGACCUCCACUCUCUCCUGAAGUGUGUUAAUCAUCAGCUCUCCAUGUCCUUAUUAACCCGACACACUCCAGUUAUCUCUCACACACACACACCUUUAACUUCUCCUCAUUUCACCACAGGUAAAUAGUUUUCCAGCCAAGACGCGACUGCUGCUGGUGGUUUUUCCUCCUCCUCUUCCUCCUCCUCCUCCUCCUCCUCCCUCUUUGUGGGACUUUUAUGAACGCGUUUUUGUUGAAGUGCUGCUCAGUUCUUGCACCGUGCCAUUCGGAGAGAGGGACCGAGAGUGUGUGUGUUUGUGCUUGCUAUAGGAUGCGCUAUGCCGUGUCUCUCGGCUCUCUCGGCCUGCUCCGGCUGCUCGGCGCGCCCUGGUCAUGGAGCGUGGCCGCUGGACUCGGCCUGUACCUGGGCUCCGGGGGCUGGAGGUACCUGUACGUGGCCGUGCGCACCGCCAGGAGGGAUCUCCAUGGAGUGAUGGUGCUCUUGAGGGUGAAGCUGGCGCUGUGGCAUCACAUGCGGAAAGGCAGCACCAUCCCCUCCAUCUUCGCCCAGACGGUCGCUCGGCACCCGGACAAACCAGCUCUGGUGUACGAGGCCACCGGGGAAACGUGGACCUUCUCUGAGCUGGAGCAACUGAGUAACAGCGUGGCUCACUGGGCACUGAGUCGGGGCUGGGGCUCGGGCGACGUGGUGGCUGUGUUAAUGGAGAGCAGGCCGCUGCAGGUGGCGCUGUGGCUCGGUUUGGCUAAAAUCGGCAUCGAGUCAGCUCUCAUUAACUUCAACCUGAGGAGAGACUCCCUCAUCCACUGCCUGGGCGUGUCGAGAGCACGGGCGCUCAUUUUUGGGGCCGAGCUCGCUGAUGCCGUGUCGGAGGUGAGCUCCUCUCUCAGCGACUCUACGCCUCUCUUCUGCACCGGAGACCUGAGUCUUGAUCACAUGACCUCCCUCAAAGCUCAGCCUUUGGACUCUCUGCUGGCGUCUGCACCGCGCCAUCCUCCCUCCUGCACUCCAUCCAAGGGCUUCAGCGACCGUUUGUUCUACAUUUACACCUCCGGCACCACCGGACUUCCUAAAGCUGCUAUUGUGGUUCACAGUCGAUAUUACAGAAUGGCUGAUUUCGUUUAUUACGCUUUCGGCAUGAAGCCAGACGACGUCCUGUAUGACUGUUUACCUCUCUAUCAUUCUGCAGGUAAUAUAAUCGGUGUGGGUCAGUGUUUAAUCAACGGCCUGACCGUGGUGGUGAAGAAGAAGUUUUCAGCCAGUCGCUUCUGGGAAGAUUGCAUCAGAUACAACUGUACUGUGGUGCAGUACAUCGGUGAGAUCUGCCGCUACCUGCUGUCUCAGCCUGUGCGUCCGUCAGAGCGCGAGCACCGUGUACGCCUGGCUGUGGGGAACGGACUCCGCCCUAGCGUGUGGGAGGCCUUCACUCAGCGUUUCGGCAUUAAACAGAUCGGUGAAUUCUACGGAGCCACCGAGUGCAACUGCAGCAUCGCCAACAUGGACGGCAAGGUUGGAUCGUGCGGAUUUAACAGCAUGAUUCUGCCCAGCGUCUACCCCAUCCGACUGGUGAAGGUAAAUGAGGAGACCAUGGAGCUGGUGAGGAAUAAGGACGGACUUUGUGUUCCAUGUCAGCCAGGAGAACCCGGGCUGCUGGUGGGUAAAAUCAACCAGCAGGAUCCUCUACGGCGCUUCGACGGCUACGCCAAUCAGGACGCCACCAAGAAAAAGAUUGCGUACAGUGUUUUCAAGAAAAAUGACUCUGCUUACCUGUCAGGUGAUGUUCUGGUGAUGGAUGAAUUUGGAUACAUGUACUUCCGGGACCGAGGUGGGGACACGUUUCGCUGGAAGGGUGAAAACGUCUCCACGACUGAAGUGGAAGGAACCCUGAGCAGCCUGCUGGGCCAGAGGGAUGUGGCAGUGUACGGUGUUGCUGUGCCAGGUGUGGAGGGAAAAGCAGGGAUGGCUGCGAUCGCUGAGUCCACAGGGAGCUUUAACUGUGAAUCCUUUCUCAGAGAAGUCCAGAAGGUGUUGCCUCCGUACGCUCGGCCAGUUUUUCUCCGCAUCUCCCCGCAAGUAGACACUACAGGUACGUUUAAAAUUCAGAAGACCAGGUUACAGAAAGAGGGAUUCGACCCCCGUGUCACAGCAGACCAGCUCUACUUUCUGAACUCCAGAGCAGGGCAUUACGAGGUUAUGACCGAGGCAAUGUAUAACGCUUUAGUGGAAGGAAGGAUACCUCUGUGAGAGGGCAUGAGGAGCAGGUCAGUUAAAGUCCAGGGCAUUUUAGGGAUUCGUUUAUUGAGAGGCAAAAACAAGCACCAGGUUCUCUGCUGUGGAUAAUGUACUGCUAAUAUUUAGAGAGACAAUGUUUAAUAUUUAGCACUGUAUAACUGAAUAGCACUAUAUUUAUAAAAAAGAAAAGUGUUCAUUUUUACAUUUUACAGAGUGUAAACCGUGCCUUUAUUGCAUGUGAUGCACAUUAGGUUAAAGGCUUCCCUCGGCGAAGGGGACGUUCUGUUACCAGCGAAAAGCUCAGUCUGAUGUGAUGGUUUUUAUUUGCAAAGGUGUGUUAUUUUAUCUAGAGGUCAAAAAUAUGUGGUCAGUUUCCGCCUGUUGAAAUGGUUUGAUUUUAAUGCUGAACAAAAGUAUUACGUCACCGUAUCUGGUCAAGAGGAGAACUAUUCUCUUGAACACCAGAGACGAUGACUUUCUUUUCAUUAUUUUUCUGCUGAUCUUGUGACAAACACAGACUCGGAAGCACAAACGAUUCGAUUCCUUCUUUAUUAUCUUCUCCGUUAUUUACCACUGUUGUUUUAGAGACAAAUACUUUUAAGCAAUAAAUAAAUCUUCCUGAAAAGGGGAGCAUAUAGUUUACUUUAUUAAUAGCUAAUAAGCCCUGUGAUGGGUUGCCAAACACUAACAUCGAUGAUGUUUUCCACACUGACUGAGUAAAUUUGUGAUUAGUUUUAUUUUUAAACGAUCGUAGAUGGAUAUUUGUUAAAAGACGUCUGAAGAGUAUAAAAGUGCCUUAAAUCUUCUCUCCCGGAAUUUCUUAGAAAAUAAUCAUCCAUUGUAGAAAAUUUGAUUUGGAUGUCGAUGUUGUUCUGUGACGCUGUGUGAGCCGUCAGCACUGACCGUUGUCCUGUUUUAACAUGCUACAAAUGAAAAAUAAACAUUAUUAAAAACCUG